AUGAAACAAACAGUUCCUUCUUUUUCUGCCUCUUGCUUGUUCAUUUCUCUUCUACUAGCAAUAACCCUAUCAUGCAUUAGCCCUGCACAAUCAAUAGGUCAAGAUGUGCUUAAUGAUAUUUGCUCCAAGAGUAAAGACUCAUCUUUCUGCUUAAAAUCCUUAAAUUCCGAUCCCCAGACGGCCACAACCGACCUCCUUGGCCUCGCCGGAAUAUCAAUCAAGUUGGCCAAAACCACUGUCGAUGCAACUUACAACUUUGUCAAGUCACAAGUUGGUCUUGUAACUGACCCUACACUCAAAAAACAGUACACACAAUGUGUAGAGUCCUAUGAUGAUGCCAAUGAUAAAGUUGACUAUGCAAAUGAAAGAUUGAAAGCUGGUGACUAUGGUGGAGUAGGCGUAGCAACAUCAGCUUGCCUUGAUGAUGUUUCUGAUUGCGAAAACCCACCACCAGUUGCAGUAAACGUAGCAGCAGCAUCAACUCUCUCUCUCUCAGAACAAAAUAAGGAGUCUUAUGAACUUUGUCAAAUAGCAUUGAUCAUCUCGAAUCGCCUUUCGGGGAAAAAUUAG